GGGCGCGGCGGCGGCGGCGGCGCUAGGGCCGCGCGUCGCGCGGGCCCGGAGGUGGGGUAGCUGCCGCCGCCCCGCUCGCCGGCAGUCGCGGGGAGGUCGCGCCGAAGUAAGGAGGUGCCGCCGCCCGAAGUUCAGCCGCGCCGCCGGAGACCCCCGCGCCGCAGCCCCGGCCGGGGUCGCGCUCCGCCCGCCGCUCGCCCCGCGCCCCAUGCUUCGGCCGCCGGCGCCCCGCGCGGGGACGCCCCCGCCCUAGAGCAGCGGUGGCGGGCGGGGAGCCCCGGCGGGCAGCACCUGCGCGGCGCCCGCGGCGAUGACCUGCGCGCACCGCCCGCCGCCCCGCCGAGCGCCGGAGGAGAGCGCCCGCCCGCCCGCCCGCCCCGCCGCGCGCCGCCCGCCGCCCGCGCGCCGCCAAACUUCGACGCCGCCAAGUGCCUAGGGCCAGCGGCGGCCCCGCGCCCGCCCCGCCGGGACCCCGCGCCCCGCCGGCAACUUUCCCGGGGGGAAGCGUCCCCCCCGCCCGCCCCGCGGCUCCUCAUGCCGCCGCCGAGGGAACCCCAGCGCGUCCCGGCGCCGCGGCGGCUCCGCGCCGCCCCGCGGUGAGGCGAGGGCGAGCCCGCGCCCGCGCGGUGAGUACCGCCCGCGCGCCCCUCCGCGCGCCCCGGGGCGGGAUGGGGCCGGGGGUCCGCGCCGCGCGGCGGGGUCGGGCCGGGCGCGUGCCGGCGCGCGGGUGCGGGUCCGUCCCCCCCGCGGGGCCGCGGGCCCAGGGCGGAUCGGCGCGGGCCGCGCGCCCCCUGCCGCCGGCGCGGAGCGGAGCGCGACGGGGGCCGGGGCGGGGCGGGGCGGGGCGGUACCUGCGCGGCUGCCUCCUCCGCGGGAGCCGGAGCUCGGCCCGGGCCGCGACGGGCUCUGAAGGGGCGCGGCCGCGGCGCGAGGGCGGUGGGUGAGCCCCGGGGCGCGCGGAGCCCUGAGGGAGGGGCCGGCGCCCCCGGCUCCCGCGCGCUGCGCGGGUUUUCCCGCGCGGGGGCCGAGGAGGAGCCCCGGUCCCGCUGGGCGGGAGGCGGGGGCGGCCCCGCGGGCCGAGGAGCGGCGGGCAGGUCGCCGGUGCUCGACCCGCAGAGAGCUCCCUCCCUCGCAUCGGAAGCCGCGGCGGCUCGCGCGCUGCCACACGCACACGCGGAGCCCCGGAGCAGCCCCGCGCGGCGCCGGGCAGCGCGGCCCCGGCAGGAGCGGUGCCUUUGUGCGUGCGCGGGGCUGGCCUCUGCUGCAUGCGCUUUUAUUGUUCUGCAAUCAACUUUUGCUUAUUCCGGAUCUGGUGGGCCAGCAGCCAGCCUCGCUCCUGCGGAGAUGUUAGCGGAGGCAGUGCGUGAAGCAAGCGGCGGAGAUGCUUUCAAAGAGGGAAUAAAUCCCCGUCUUGCCUGAGGACAAUGCGGUUGAACGGGAGCGGCUGUGGCCUGGGCAGCCCGUCGAAGGGAAGGAAACCACAGUAGAACUUUCCCUCGCUUGUUUCUUUGGUGCCAGAAGAAAAGAAUGAUUGAUGGGAAACAGACACCGGCCUGUAGACACUCAUCCUUUUGCUUCAGAUACUGAUUUAUCAGUGCGUCUGGGCAUCCCCUGCGAGCCCUGAACACGGAGGAUCACUCAGGGUUAUCGACAGUGUAGCUGAAGACCUGCAACUUCACAAAUUAUUAUCUGCUAUUGGACGUCUUUACAAGAAGCCCUGACAGAUAAGUUAUAAGACAAAGGACAAGUGCCGCGUUGCUGUGAAAGGCUGUCAUCGGGGUUUGGGUGGCUUCUACCAAAGUCUUCAACUUAGUGAAACAAACACUCUAUCCUAAUGCUUCACGUUUGAGUUGGAACCUAUUUUAUAAAAUAUAUACAUGUAUAUGUACAUAUAUGUAUAAUCUGUAGACUGCCCGUACACCAGUACUGAGCAUCCCUACGAAGGUGACAUAAAAGGAUUUAGAAAUGUAUUUGUCAAGAUUCCUGUCACUUCACGCCCUCUGGGUUACUGUAUCCUCCGUGAUGCAGCACUACCCUUCUGUGUGGGGACACUAUGACGUGUGUAAGACUCAGAUUUACACAGAAGAAGGAAAAAUAUGGGAUUACAUGGCCUGCCAGCCGGAAGCCAGAGACAUGAUCAAAUACGUAAAAGUGACUCUGGAUCCCCCAGACAUAACAUGUGGAGAUCCUCCCGAGACUUUCUGUGCAAUGGGGAAUCCCUACAUGUGCAAUAACGAAUGUGAUGCGAGUACCCAAGAACUGGCUCAUCCCCCGGAACUGAUGUUUGAUCUUGAAGGAAGACAUCCCUCCACAUUUUGGCAGUCCACAACUUGGAAGGAUUAUCCAAAGCCUCUUCAUGUUAAUAUCACGCUCUCCUGGAACAAAACCAUUGAGCUUACAGAUAACAUAGUUAUCACUUUUGAAUCUGGCCGUCCAGACCAAAUGAUCCUGGAGAAAUCACUCGACUAUGGACGAACAUGGCAGCCCUACCAAUACUAUGCCACGGACUGCUUAGAUGCUUUCCACAUGGAUCCAAAAUCAGUGAGGGAUUUAUCACAGCACACAGUCCUAGAAAUCAUUUGCACAGAGGAAUACUCUACUGGGUACAUGACAAAUAGUAAAAUAAUCCACUUUGAAAUUAAAGAUAGAUUUGCUUUUUUUGCUGGACCUCGGCUUCAUAACAUGGCUUCUCUUUAUGGUCAGCUCGACACAACCAAGAAGUUAAGAGAUUUCUUUACCAUCACAGAUCUGAGGAUAAGACUGCUUAGGCCAGCAACUGGAGAAAUAUAUGUAGAUGAGCAACACCUGGCACGCUACUUUUAUGCAAUUUCAGACAUAAGGGUAUACGGAAGGUGUAAGUGCAACCUUCACGCUACUGGCUGUAAAGAAGAAAACAAAAGACUACUUUGUGAAUGUGAGCAUAACACAACUGGCCCAGACUGUGGAAAAUGCAAGAAGAAUUACCAGGGCCGACCGUGGAGCCCUGGUUCUUAUCUGCCUAUACCUAAGGGCACUGCUAAUAUCUGUAUACCCAGUAUUUCCAGUAUUGGUAAUCCUCCAAAGUUUGAUAGGAUAUGGCCGAAUAUUUCUUCCCUUGAGGUUUCUAAACCAAACCAAGUUGCUCCCAAAUUAGCUAUGUCAACUGUUUCUUCUGUUCAAGUUGCAAACCACAAGAGAGCAAACGUAUGUGACAAUGAACUACUGCAUUGCCAGAAUGGAGGAACGUGCAUCAACAAUGUGCGAUGCCAGUGCCCUCCGGCUUACACUGGCAUUUUAUGCGAGAAGCUGAAGUGUGAAAGGGAUCCGGGAGGCUGCAGCCACAGCUCCGGCCAGGGGGCAAUAGCACACAGGCUGCUGUUGCUGCUGACUGCUCUACUAGGAGCAACUGGACUGUGCAUAUGCUAGGCUCCAUAUGGUCGAUGGCAUUGGACUGCUUCAGACGAAUGUGCCACGUGACAACAAAACAGUCGUAGCAUUUGCUACCGAAAUUUAAAUGGGAAAACAAGUGAAAAAAAACCACACGUACAAUCGAAGACGGCUGAACUGAACUAAGCCAUAUAAAUCAGUAACGGACAGGGCUGCAAGUCAAGACUGUUCACCUCUGACUCGGGACAAGCUGGCAUAUCCCGUCAAACCGAUGCUAGCUGCAAAGCCUACACAGGACUCAAACAGCUUUGACCGCCCCCAGAACGGGAAGAGAAUUUAAAACACAUUUGCUACUCCUAUGCGGCGCGCUACCGUACCUCCGCCGGCGCGUGGGCCGACCAAAUGAAGGCAUUCUUUGCUGUCAGUGCAUUGUGGGUAUAAGGAAAUCUGUAAAAGCUGCCAUAUUGGCCUGCUUCAGUCCCCGAAUCCUUUCCAACCUGUGCUUUAGUGAACGUUGCUCUGUAACCCUUGUUGGUUGAAAGAUUUGUCUGAUGUUAGUGAUGCACAUGUGUAACAGCCCCCUCGAUAAAACUCAAGCCAGUCAUAUCCUUGUAUACCUUAGCAGCACUGCAUCAGUAAGAUGCUGUGUUCACCUACUGUACAAGAGUGGCUAUAGGACAAAAAGUGUAUUUAUCCUUUUGUAUUCAAAUGAAGUUAUUUUUCUUGAAAUAAUGUACAAUGUAGAUUUUUUGUAUUAUUGCCUAUUUGUGUUACCAGACAAUUUGUUAACAUAUUUAAUUCUAAUCAGAUCAGAAAAAAAUAUUACUUUUUAUUUAGUCCUUUUCUUUUUCCUUUCAUUUAAUUGUGCAGAGAUUUCUCUGUAUGGGCAACGUGCUGGCAUCAAAGAAUAUCAGUUUACAUAUAUAACGAGUGUAAUAAGAUUCCACCAAAGGACAUUCUAAAUGUUUUCUUGUUGCUUUAACACUGGAAGGUUUCAAAGAAUAAAAAUUCCUGCAUAAACAGUUCCAGGAUGACGUAUUGCUAUUUUUUAAGGCCUUUUUAGAAUCCAAAAAAAUUUUGAUUAUUUUACCACCUAG